AUGCAGGCCGGUGCAAUACUAGCGCAGGAAAACAAGGAUCUACGCGCGGCGAAUGAGAAAAAGAAGCAAAAGCGAGCUAGAUCUAAGAGACAGAUCACUCACCAGGGCAGUCUAUCAAUGGAAGACGCUCAGCAGGUGAUUCGGGGCCUAAACCAGCCUUCCGAAGUUGAGAUAGUCACUCAGAUGGCAGCGGCUGCGCCGGCUAUUUCGCCUAGCCAGCGGCCAGCGCGCCGGCCACCAAUGUGUAGUCUAUGUGGGAAUCUUGCUCUGAAGCAGCUACUUGGUCAGAUGAAGGCAGAUCCAAAGAAUGAGACUAUUGAAACGGUUUGGUCUGAUGAUCUUGAUAAAUCUGCCCAAAAGACUGCUAAUAAGAGUGAUGAUAUCACCACUACGUUGCAAAAGGUCCGAAACCUUGCUGUUUUUAUUAAUGCAAGCCCACAGUGCUGA